UUUGUACUUUUUUAUCUAUGUUCUAUGUUUUACCACCGUAUAGAAGUUUUUAUAAUUUUUUUUGUAAUACUGCAUAUUUUCUACCUCGAACGAUGAAGUUUGAGACACCAUUAGUCAAAAACGAUUGAACUUUGGUAUUGGUGCUAUUCGAGGCGCAUACAAAGAUGGACUGGAAUGAGAACCCCGAAAUAACUGUAGAAAAAGUGAUAGUGCCUUUGAUCGAAGAAUCGGAUCUGAAGAGUAGGCAAGAUACUUUUCUGACUCUCAGUAAUUCCGAGAAAGUUGACUUUGUAUAUGAAAGCGUGAGAAACUUGGAUAGGUUCAAUCGAAUUAUUUCGGUGCCAACAGUAACCAAAUCGAAUGAAUAUUCCUGCAUCUUCAGAAAUAAAGGCAAUGAGUUGUAUAAUGCUAAAAAAUAUUUGGAAGCUUUCGAAAUGUAUGUCAAGAGUUUAUUAUUUGCUGAGACCGACAGUGAAUGCAUGGGUCUUGCCUACAAUAACAGAUCAGCAGUUCUUUACGUUAAUAAUUAUUAUAGUGAAUGUUUGAAGGAUAUAGAUCUCGCCCUUGGUAACCCCAUCCCGCACAAAACUAUGGAGAAGCUUCUAGUUCGUAAACAAAAAGCUAUAGAAUGUAACCGUCUACAACGAAAACUUACCUAUUAUUAUCCUGUCCCCUGUGUAAAAAAAGUGAACCGUAAGAUCCCUUGCGCUUCUGCAUCUAUCGAAAUAAAACGAAGCGAAAAAUAUGGCCGACACGUCGUUGCUGUUGAAAAUAUCAAAGUAGGCCAUGUAAUUUCAGUGGAAGACUCCUUCGUGAAUAUGAUCCACAUGGAGAGUAAAUAUCUACAUUGCCAUCAUUGCCUUGAACUCUGUUACAACCUCAUACCGUGCGAUAAGUGCACCAACACAUUGUAUUGCGGAGAGGAGUGUCUGAAGAAAGCGCAAAGCGGUGACCACAAAUUCGAAUGCAGUUCCCUGCCUAUCCUUCAGUUUCCUGGAAUACUAUUCACCAGAAUGACCACGAGAGGUUUGGACGAGCUGCAGAAUAAGGCCGAGGUUGAAACGGACAACGUAUUCAGGUCAGAUUCUUUCAAAGUAGCCCUAGAUCUGGAGACGAAUGAAAGCAAAAGAGACUUCCUCAAUCUGGCCAUAUCGGCAGUAAUGGCAUGCAUAGCUUACCACUCUUUGAGGAGUAACCCAGAGUUCAGAUCGACGUACGACGUGGAUCCUCAGAUAUUGAAAAGCUACCUCUAUAAAACGUACAUGGUUAGUGCUUUCAACCCAUUCGAUAUUAAAAAAGUCAGAUAUCAACCCCAAAGUAUUAAUGUCAAAAAAGUUGGUACCGCUAUAUAUAACUUUGCAAGUGUCUUGAAUCACUCCUGUGUUCCCAAUGUGGAGCUUUUCUUCCACGGUACAUUGUUGGUGACUAGAGCACUAGCGAAUAUUUCGAAAGGCGAACAGUGCUGCAUCAAUUAUGGAACGAGUUUUUCCGUAUCGGACUACAACAGCCGUCAGAAAUUCUUGAGAAUGAUGUAUUAUUUCGACUGUGACUGCAGAGCUUGCUCUAACCAAUGGGCUGUGUACUCUGAUUUACGCUUUGGCAAGCACUUUCCAGCCUCAUUCAGUAGGAAGUUGCAGAUGAAUACUUACGAUCAAAGCGAUGAAAAUAGAAGACUGUUGAGAGAAAUUUUGACUGAUGCAUUGCGACUCGUGAAGGUGUUAGAGGGAUUCCAGCCUUGUAAAAAUUUCCUCAAGAUACAGUCUGUGAUUACGGACAUUUACUCGUGGGAUUGUAAUGCGGAUUUAGUUUUUGAGACGCCAUUAUGAAUGUUUUGAUCAGAUGAAUUGGUUCAGGUUCAAAAAUCAUGAGAGGGGAUAUUUUUGUACCUUGAAAGUUAUCGUCCAAUAACCACUGAGGAAAAACUUGUUCUUCGUGUGACUGUAAACCUUCGGGAACUCCAGAGGAAGUCGAAGCAAAAAUGUACAAGUAAUCAUGUCCCUCAAUAAAUUUUUUAAAUAAUUCCCGAUAUUGGAAAACCGACAAAAUCAACAUUAGAGGCAAAAAUAUCUAAAUAUCAAAACUUGAGAUAUAAAACAACUUUUCUGGAUCAAUUAUUGAAGCUUUAAUCCUCCAAAGAUAUAUUUCGUUUCAUAUUAAUAUAGAAUGAGAUCUCAACUUCCUAUAUUUGUAAGUGAGAGUACAUACCAAAAAGUAUUAACAAUUUUUAGUGAUCAUAUUCAUAUACUUCUUUUUUACAAUAUUUGUUGUUGAAAGUUUAUUUAACUAUACGUUUUUUAUUUAUAUCCGCAUGAUAUUGAACUGAUUUUAUAUAUAUUU